AUGUGGUUUGCAGAUGGAGACUUUGCAAUCGUCCAUGAGACCAAGGUGCUGCUGGAGCACACAGGUCUGAUCACCUGGAACCCUCCGGCCAUCUUUAAGAGCUACUGUGAGAUCAUUGUGCUUCACUUCCCCUUCGACCUGCAGAACUGCAGUAUGAAGCUGGGGACAUGGACCUACGACGGCAACCUGGUAGUGGUCAACCCGGACAACGACCGGCCUGACCUGAGUAACUUCAUGGAGAGUGGUGAGUGGGUGAUGCAGGACUAUAGGAGCUGGAAGCACUGGGUGUACUAUGCCUGCUGCCCUGACACGCCCUACCUGGAUAUCACCUACCACUUCCUGAUGCUGAGGCUGCCUCUCUACUUUAUCGUCAACGUCAUCAUCCCCUGCAUGCUGUUCUCCUUUCUGACUGGACUGGUCUUCUACCUCCCCACUGACUCUGGUGAGAAGAUGACCCUGUCUAUCUCUGUCCUGCUGUCUCUCACUGUGUUUCUGCUGGUCAUCGUGGAGCUCAUCCCCUCCACCUCCAGUGCGGUGCCUCUCAUUGGGAAGUACAUGCUCUUCACCAUGGUCUUCGUCAUAGCUUCCAUCGUCAUCACCGUCAUCGUCAUCAACACACACCACCGCUCUCCCAGUACACACACAAUGCCCCAGUGGGUCCGCAAGAUUUUCAUCGACACAAUCCCCAAUUUCAUGUUCUUCUCGACUAUGAACCGUCCAUCCAGGGACAGGCAGGAGAAGAGGAUCCACCCGACUGACUUUGACAUCUCCGACAUCUCGGGCAAGCCUGCCCCUGCCUCUGUCACCUUCCAGUCCCCCAUCACCAAGAACCCGGACGUCCGCAGCGCCGUCGAGGGGGUCAAGUACAUCGCAGAGACCAUGAAGUCUGACGAAGAGUCCAACAAUGCUGCUGAGGAGUGGAAGUUUGUAGCCAUGGUCCUGGAUCACAUCUUGCUGUGUGUGUUCAUGGCUGUGUGUAUCAUCGGCACCAUGGGAGUGUUUGCUGGACGUCUCAUUGAGCUGAGCAUGCAGGACUAAAGGAGAGACCUAGCUGGAGUCAACCUGGUCUGGCCACACUCUGGUUCUCCUGCUCGCUCUGACACCUGUCUGCUGUGCCUCUACCCCGAGUCAUCUGGUCUGUCCACACUCUGGUUCUCCUGCUCGCUCUGACACCUGUCUGCUGUGCCUCUACCCCGAGUCAUCUGGUCUGUCCACACUCUGGUUCCCCUGCUCGCUCUGACACCUGUCUGCUGUGACUCUACCCCGAGUCAUCUGGUCUGUCCACACUCUGGUUCUCCUGCUCGCUCUGACACCUGUCUGCUGUGACUCUACCCCGAGUCAACCUGGUCUGUCCACACUCUGGUUCUCCUGCUCGCUCUGACACCUGUCUGCUGUGCCUCUACCCCGAGUCAACCUGGUCUGUCCACACUCUGGUUCUCCUGCUCGCUCUGACACCUGUCUGCUGUGCCUCUACCCCGAGUCAUCUGGUCUGUCCACACUCUGGUUCUCCUGCUCGCUCUGACACCUGUCUGCUGUGACUCUACCCCGAGUCAUCUGGUCUGGCCACACUCUGGUUCUCCUGCUCGCUCUAACACCUGUCUGCUGUGCCUCUACCCCGAGUCAUCUGGAAAUGACAAUCAAUCGAUUGAUUGAGCGUUCCAUCGUUCCUCAUGUGGAACGAAGGAUGCAUAGUAUAUUGGUUUAACAAACUCUGCAUAACGGCUCUGAUUGUGAGCACUCUGGUACUCUUAUGGCACUGUGGAUGAGGGAGGUCACAUUAUGGCACUGUGGAUGAGGGAGAUCACAUUAUGGCACUGUGGAUGAGGGAGGUCACAUUAUGGCACUGUGGAUGAGGGAGAUCACAUUAUGGUACUGUGGAUGAGGGAGGACACAUUAUGGUACUGUGGAUGAGGGAGAUCACAUUAUGGUACUAUGGAUGAGGGAGAUCACAUUAUGGCACUGUGGAUGAGGGAGAUCACAUUAUGGUACUAUGGAUGAGGGAGAUCACGUUAUGGUACUGUGGAUGAGGGAGGUCACAUUAUGGUACUAUGGAUGAGGGAGAUCACAUUAUGGUACUAUGGAUGAGGGAGAUCACAUUAUGGCACUGCGGAUGAGGGAGGUUACAUUAUGGUACUAUGGAUGAGGGAGGCCACAAGCAGCUGGUAGUGCAUCUUGGCCUUGUAGCAUGAUCUUUAUUGACGAUCAGAAAUUCAGUUUGAAUGAGUUUCUCAACAUUGAUUUAGAAGUGGUCCAGUCUUGUGGAUGGGCUGUUGCUUAUUCAAUAAAGAUAACAGUGCAGGGGCUGCUGGGAAACUACACGAGGUUUUAUCUUGUCCGAUGUUAGGGUUUUUUCUCCUCCUUCUGCCAAAUGUCAUCAUGGUUGUAUUUUUAGAUUUGGUUAG